GAGGCAGGGUCGCGCUGUGAUGACCCAAGACUGGUGACGUGUCGCACGGCAAGAUGGCGGUGGACAUCACGCUGCUGUUCAGAGCGAGUGUGAAAACCGUCAAAACUCGGAACAAGGCGAUCGGGGUCAAUGGCGAACCGGUCAAAGAGGAGAUCCUGAGGAAGGGGAGGACCCGGGCUGAAUUCACAGCCCGGGCUAGAGAAGUGCUCACCAACAUCAGCAAGUUGAAAGAUUUUCUUCUGGAGCACAGAAAAGAUUACAUCAAUGCCAGCAGCUUUGUAAUGUCAGAAUAUUCUAGUAUGACAGAUAUGGAACGAGAUCAGAUCGAUCAAGAUGCCCAGAUUUUUAUGCGAACAUGCUCUGAUGCCAUCCAUCAGCUGAGAGCAGAAGCAUCCAAGAAUGUGAUUUCUCCCCAAGUGAAGGAACACAGAGAACAUGUAUUGGAUUUGCUUGAAGUUUACCUGAAAAAUGUAUGUAAAGUGUACUCUGAACAAAGGGCAAUUCGAGUCAAACGAGUAGUGGAUAAGAAAAGAUUGUCAAGACUUGAACCUGAACAGCAUAGCAACAAGAUGUUAGUAUCAUCCUCAGAGAGUAUUCCUUCCAUCAAGCCUGAAAAUUCAGAGGAGCUAGCCUUAAAAGAUGAAAGCAAUGAUAAAACUUUUCCAGAGGUACAGGAUAAUUUGGAUCUUUGGGAGGAUCCAAAAGAAGAUGAACUUUCACCGGAAGAAAUUCAAAUGUUUGAACAAGAAAACCAGCGCCUUGUCAGUGAGAUGAAUAGCCUGGUGGAUGAAGUGAGGCAAAUUGAAGGAAAGGUGGUUGAAAUCUCCAGACUUCAAGAAAUUUUUACUGAUAAAGUGCUGCAACAGGAAAAAGAGAUUGACAGUAUUCAUGAACUUGUUGUGGGCACAACUGAGAAUGUUAAGGAAGGGAAUGAAGACAUUAGAGAAGCAAUCAAAAAUAAUGCUGGAUUUCGUGUGUGGAUCCUCUUCUUCCUGGUGAUGUGUUCAUUCUCUCUGCUUUUCUUGGACUGGUAUGACAGCUAGCAGAUGGAGAUAGCCAAGGGUCUUCAUUGUGUUGCAUUCAAUGUGACCUGACAGGACUUUAUUGAUGUUAAUAAUAUACGACUUGUUCACAGGCAACUAGCUUGCACAAAAAAAGACAUCCAAAAAUCAGAACUUACAAUGUGUUGCAAUAUUAUUUAAUCAUACAUGUGUAUGUGCUCCGUUUAGUAACAACCUUAAAGUGAUCUGGUUUUUUUUUGUAAAUUCUUUUACAGUAGAAAGCUGGUGUAUAAUGUUUAUUUUUUUCUCACAGGCAGUCACAUCAGAUAUAAUUUUUGUUUAAUGUCCAAUAACGUUGAUUUAUAAUUCUAGUCUUGAAAUGAACCUGUGAACAGAAAUAACAUCAGGAGGCUCUCACUUUGCAAUUUUCACCUUCACCUAUUUCUAGCUCCAAGAAUACAGUGACUUCAGUGCAGUGCACAUUGCUGUCAGCAUGAAAUAAAUGAAAACUGUUGGCUUAUUAAUUGAGCCAAAAUGUAUUUAUCAUUUGAAAUUGUUAAUAAAAGCAUUAAUCUGA